GAAUUUAUAAUCUCGAGAAGAUAAAAUAAUUGAAGAUAAAAUCUAAUAGACAACUAACUUACUUAGACUUGAAGCUUGCUAGUUUUAGAGCAACAACGCUGAUGAAAAUAUAAUUAAUUGGCUCUAUGGAUCAAAGUUUCCAAUUAAAAACACAACGAAGUAAUAGUCGCGGACGGUGAAAAACUAUCUUAUUACCUUUUUGAAUAUCGAAGAUAACUAUUAAGGAUGUACUGUAAAUUUAUGUAUUAUAUGAUAAUGUUAAACUAAAUUUUAAGAGAACCCGAGGCUUAUCCUUGAGAUCUACUAUUGGAAUUUUACUUUCUGUAUAAGGACCUUUUUUUUAAAAUAGAAGGCUUUAACUUCUCCACAGUACUGAAGAAUUGCAAAUGAUGCAAAUCUCCGCCUCAAGAGUACUCAGCAGUGUUUUUUAGAACUUUUAAUUUCAACGUACUUGUCCGCAAUGAAAUACUAUUGUUACACCCAAUUUUGUCACAAAGGCCUGCCGAAAAUUCAUUUAGUAAUAAAUCUCUAAGUUUAAACUAGUUUAUAUUUCCUGGAAGAGGAGGAAACAGCAAAUUGCUGAAUUAGGAGUUUACUGGUAUUAAAAAUAGAGAAGGAAUUUAGUUAUCGUUAUGUGGAUUUUAAUCCACAUGCAAUGGAUCUCUGAUGCGCAACUCGCACUUCCGACAGCAUUUUUUUUUAUAACUAUGAGAAAGAGUCCGUAUGUACUGUUAUUACAAUUGAAAGGAAAACCAUGACUCUAGUUACCAUAGACAGAAACUUUUAUACUGUUUGAAAGAAAAUUACACAGUUCUCAAUAGUUAUUAUAUUGGAAUUAAGUAAAAGGACCUAAGCCUCCAGUAAAAGAAAAGUCAGACUUUAUAUGGGAAUUUUUGUUUAAGUGUAUAUUUAAUAAGAGUCUUGAAAAGAUCAAAUGGAAAAUGAUUUUUAUAGCGAUUACAAAACUAGCCAACUUGAUUUGUCGAGAUAUAAGUUUUCCGAUAACGAAAUAUCGGGCCUUCUUGGAUUUAUCAAGUAUCGUUUUAUUUGUGUUCAGGCCUUUGGAAUAGCAGCGAGUUUCUUAGCCUUUAAUUCGGCUAAAAAGUUUCCUUCAGUACAUCGUUUUCGCGGAGUAGCAGCGUUUGGCGGAUAUUUUUGCGGUUGUUUUAUUGGCUCUAAAGUUGCUUGGAUUAGUGGAAAAGAAUCACUAAAAAACUUGAAAACUCCGUUGGGGGACCAGUUAGCUACCGGAAAAAUAAAUAUUGUUGAAGCUUUUCCGUUUAUUAAAAAAACUCUUCUCAACCGAUACCAACAUGGAAGAGCAGAAAUUUCACAAAAAAGUGAACAAUUCGAGCCUGAAAAAAAUACUUGUAAAGAAAAUGAAGAGCAAAAGCAAAACUCGAUUUUUCACGGCAUUUAUUCGCGGCAAGAAGAUCAUCUUUCCGGACUGGCCGCCAAUGACCACGAGGAACGGGCAUGGGUGACCAAUGAGGAACAUUUUAGCCCGCUUGCGAUAGAAAACGAGAAGCACGCGUGGAGCCGCCCAGACGAAACGAGCGAAAAAUUUUAUGAGCAUAUAAAAAAAAGAAAAAAUGAGAAGGAAAGUGUUUUGGAUAACUACAGCGACGAUAAAUAUGAUGAAGCCUCCAAAGAAUUAGCAGGAGAAACAAAUAAAACUCGAAUAAGAACUAAUAAAUAUGGAGACCAGCUAAACUAAUAAGAA